AUGCUGGCAAAGGUGAUGAGCCUGAUGACCAGGAGGCCCCUGGGUCACACCCUCAGCCCCGAAGCCACUCCAGCCUGGGGCUUCAGCCAGCACCUCCUGAAGGAAGGAGAGCUGCCCCCAGGCUGGCGGUGUGUGGAGCGCAACCCGCAUUUGAAGGCGCGGCCUCCCCAACUGGUGCGGCCAAGAGCGGUGGCGGAGCUGUCCUCGGGGACCACUACUCAGGACAGCAAGCCAUACCGCCAGGAAUGCCUCGGAAGACCCCGCGGCGGCGAGGAGGCGGUGGAGGGCGGAGGGGGGCGGGGCGUGGGGCGGCCCCGCCUCCUCCUCCUUCGCCGCCGCCGCGCCGGGUCCGAGCGCGUACCGGGCACGGGGGCGGGUCGGAGCGGCGGCGGCCAGGGCACGGCGAGCCCGGCGAGCGCGGAGGCGCGCCCGGCCCAGCCCCGCCGCCGCCGCCGCCGCCGCCGCCGCCGCCGCAAGAUGCGCGCCCCGGCCCGCCACCAGCUGCGGCCCGCGCUGCCGCCGCCGCUGCUGCCACUGCUGCUGCUGGCCGCCUGCGCGCCACCGCCCUGCGCCGCGCCAGCGCCGUCCCCGCCGGCCUGGGAGCCGGCCGCCGAUGCGCCGUGGUGCCCCUACAAGGUGCUGCCCGAGGGCCCCGAGGCGGGCGGCGGCCGCCUUUGCUUCCGCAGCCCCGCGCGCGGCUUCCGCUGCCAGGCGCCAGGUUGCGCGGCGCAUGGCUCAGCCGGUCACUCGCUGCGCGCCAGCGUCCUGCGCAACCGCAGCGUCCUGCUGCAGUGGCGCCUGGCGCCGGCCGAGGCGCGCCGCCUGCGCGGCUUCGCGCUCAACUGCUCAUGGCGCGGCGCCUACACGCGCUUCCCAUGCGAGCGCGUGCUUCUCGGCGCCUCGUGCCGCGACUACCUGCUGCCCGACGUGCACGACGGCGUGCGCUACCGCCUGUGCCUGCAGCCGCUGCCGCUGCGCGCCGCGCCCGGGGCGCCCCCAGCGCCCGCGGCCCCUGCCACGCCACCGCCCCUCGCGCCCGCUGAGUGCGUGGAGUUCGCUGCCGAGCCGGCCGGCAUGCGGGAGAUCGUGGUGGCCAUGACGGCGGUGGGCGGCUCCAUCUGCGUCAUGCUUGUGGUCAUCUGCCUACUGGUGGCCUACAUCACCGAGAACCUCAUGCACCCGGCCUUCGGGCGCCCCGGGCCGCGCAGGCAGCCUUGA